AUGAGAUUAGUGUUGAAAAUCCUCGUUUCGGUUGUACUAUGGACAACGGUUGCGGAAGGAAAUUUUAUAAACCCACCAAAUUUCUACAGCUUGGAUCUCAAAAAUUUUCAGUACUUCAAGUACCCGGGACGGUUAACUCCGCACGGCGUGCGUCCAAUCUACCCAGAACCGUCUCUAGCCCAGCGAGUGAAGGCUAUCUAUCGGUACUUUCGUACCGUAUAUCUGGGACAUCCUAUUCAACGGAAUAUCUACAAUAUCCCGGUCGAUCCCAAGCGGGGACUUCAAUUGCGAGCGGCCUAUCAGCGGCAAUUCGGUUACCGGGGUGAGAAUUUGAUUGCUCUAAUCGGCAAUGGCCAUUCGCCGCAGGAGCUACGAUACUAUGGAGCUAUUGGACGUGAUUUUAGUAAGUAG